GUCCUGCCUUUAGGUUUCACUUUCUUUUCUAUGGAAAGGAAACAGUCUCUGUUCAGUUGUCUUAUCAUCCGCCACGUCUAGAGUUUCACACAGCGGUAAAAUGGAGAAACCAUUUGGAAAACCAGCCAGUAUUAGUGGCUUUUCAUUUGGCACACGCGCACUCGUCACAGCUCCAACUACUUCAUCCCAACCCACUGUUGGAACGGCAGCAGAAGAUGCUGUCAGCGCCUCCAUAUUCGCCAGCUCAACAGAGAGAGAGGAGAACAAACCUUUGUUUAUAUUCCCAGAAAAAAUAAGAAUAGCAGCAGCAGUGGGCAUCAAGCAGGACCAAGGCAGCAGGUGCAACCACAAUCCACAAUCCAGGAGCAACCGCAAUCUAUGGAGAGCUGUGAGACGAGAAAGCACGAAGACUGUGGAGAAGAAGCCAAGAGCUCAAGGAACAUUGGAAUCUCCAUGGAGAGACAUGGAGUGGACAGAAGAGCAAAGGACAAGCCUGAUGAAGACUGUCAGCUCCUACAGGCAGAGCUGUGACGAGGGGACUCAGGCUCGGGUUCUCCUCCUGGGCCCGGUCGGCUCUGGAAAGUCCAGCUUUGUCAGUUCAGUCCAGUCAGUGUUUAAUGGAAGAGUCACCAACCGGGCCAUGGUGGGCUCCUCUUCAACCAGCUUCACCAAGAAGCUGCAGUCCUUCAACAUCCAUGGUCAGAAAGGAGAGGAUCCUACUGGACUGGUGCUGUGCGAUAUUGUUGGACUGGGGGGUGAAGAGAUGGCCGGACUGACCCUCCAUGACAUCCUGUCUGUCAUUAAAGGUCAUGUACCUGAGGGACACAAGUUUAGCCCAGAUCAGCCAGUGAGGUCUGAGACUGUGGGCUAUGUGAAGAGGCCAAGCCUCAAAGACAAGAUCCAUUGUGUGGCCUUUGUGGUGGACGCUUCUAAAAUCCUGACCUACUCCAAACGCUUCAGCAUCACCUUUCAGCAUCUCCGAGAGCACAUCAGUGACCUGGGUGUCCACCAGGUGGCUCUGCUGACCCACAUAGACAAAAUAUGUCGAGAAACAGCCAAAGAUGUCACUCAGGUUUACAAGAGCCACAUCAUUCGCGACACGAUGAGUAAAGCAGGAGAUCUGUUGGGUAUGUCCACCUCCUACAUCGUCCCAGUGAAGAACUACUCGUCAGAGCUGGACCUGGACCAGAACACUGACGUGCUUCUGCUUAGUGCUGUCGACCACAUCCUGCAGUAUGCUGACCUGUAUUUCCAGGACAAUACACCACAAGAUGCAGGGCCAAAGAUAAUCUAAACAUACAUUUCUGAGCUUUUGAAACAUGUCUUUCAGACAAUAUGAAGAAAGUCAUCGUUGACACAGAGGAGGGGAUUUUGUGUGUGGGGUUUGAACAUUUCUGACUUUAGCGCCUCCUGGUGGUAAAUAACAAAGCUACAGCAUAGUCACAUGAAAUGUUUCAAAUAGAGGAUUCAAACUAUCAUAUUGAACUUAUUUUUCUCACGUUUUUUUUUUUACUUUUUUUUUUUACAAAAGAAAUCAGAUUGUAAUGGACAAAAUGGUGUGAUUCAGAAUAAAAACAGAAGUCUGAGAUAUUUUA